AUGCAGAGCUCAAUGUCACAAGCAUAUGCGGCACCUUCCUCGGUCCCCAACACGUCGACGGAGAAGUCCCAUCACGUUGCCCCUACCGCUGCCACUGCUGGUGCUGGCACCCCCUUCACCACCCAAGCGAACCACACUGCAGGCACACCAUACCCUCAAGCCGAUACCACAACCGGUACUACCACCGCCGCCGGCACAACACCGGCCAGCAACCGCCCGACCACAGCAAGUACCUAUGCCAACGAAAAGUCCGUAGCCACCACCCCGGCCGUCACCCAGAGACGUUUCGGCGCUUCCGACAUCAUCCUCUUCAUUCUCGCCAUCUUCGUCCCACCCCUGGCUGUCUUCUUCGACCGCGGCUUCAAGGUCGACUUCUGGAUCAACAUCCUCCUGACCAUCCUGGCCUGGUUCCCUGGCAUCAUCCACGCCUGGUAUGUCCUCUACAGACAUCCCACCGGCAGGGACUAG